AUGGGAAAGGAACACUUCAUCCGACAAAUUGAAAACUCCGUUGAGUUCAAACUCCUCGACAAAGUAGUUAAGGAGCAAGUCACAGUGCAAGAUGCGGUCCAAGAAGUCAUCGAUAUGACCAUGACCGCACUAUCUAUCCAUGGCCCAAGCAAACAAGGCGGUAUCGGCCUGCCAGACUACAACAUCUCUCUUGCGGUGAUGGAGCUCGCUCAACGCCUGGAGCCAUCAAAACACACCAAGCUUGUCGAGUUUGUAUCUCAUCUGCAGAAGCAGAUUGCCAUUGAUCCAUCUACAAACGAACCCCUCACGGUCCAUCGUGAUAUCCUCUGGACCGACAUGCCGUCAUUCGGCUACACAGAGCUGGAGACGUGGUAUGAGUUUGGUGGUGAUUACAAAGACCCCUGUGAUGCAACGCUAGCUUCUGAGCAACGCGAUCGCUGGGCAAACCUUAACGCUUUCCUCGCGCAGCUCACUCAGGCUGCGGACAUUCACUAUCCCCCUCCCGGGGAGGAAGUGCGAUUCUUUCCCUUAGACAAAUCACUACGGGCCAUCUGGACCAUGGCGAUGGCUCUUGAGAACGAGCGUCCUCCUGCGUCUCUGGGAGAGACGGCGGCGAUGGAGGCCGCUUGCCUGUGGUUCAUUUAUGCUGCGGAGCGGCUGUGGGCGAAUGUGGUCAAUAAUCGCACGUAUCCUGGGGCGGCUGGCGCUGGUCCAGGGAAGAGGUAUGAAGAGGAGGGCUGGGCAGGUUAUACGCGGGAGCGAUGGGGGAUAUGGGAGGAUGCGCUCAAGGAGGCCAGGGCUGCUUGCGAGAAUGAGCGGAUGCGGGUGCUGAUUAACGACGCUUUGGCGAGUAUGAGGGCCACCGUAGAUCAGUAG